AACGUCAGGCACUAUUGUUAGCAAUCAGCCAAUGAAUGACAUUUGGAGGCGGGAGAACAUGGCAGGAACUCAAUGUACAGCAGUUAGCUAGUUAGCUAGCUUGUGAGGGUUGAAACUGUAACAAAACAUCAGUUUAUUAAGAAAAUAAAGAAUGUUUACAUUCAACCGAAAGCCUGUUUAUUAACGUAAUAAAACCGUAUUCACGUUAACUCGUGUUUAAUUUCCACCAUUAGUAGAAAGGUGUCGAGAAAGAUGUGUAGUCAACGUUAGCUCAAAAAUGCUAAUGACUGCAGCUUGCUAACUUAGCUAACAAGUAAACAUGCUGCAUCAAGUAGCCUUACACACUCGUACACUUCGCUAGAAGUUACUAAUAGACAGCGUGGCGAGAGGAUCAUUAGCUACUUGUGGACUCAAACAGCAGGGAUGAAGAAGUGGAACUGGCAAGAAGGACAGCGACCGUACAGGCGACGAGGUGCUGGUCAACGCCAUGGUUGGUACAGAGGCAACCGGCAAAGGUCAACACAGGAUGAUCAGUGGUCUGGACAUAAUGAUGCAGGGCCAUCAUUUAGAGCAUCUCAGAGGAGAAAUGAAAACCAGUCUGCGUCUGUCUCGUCGUCCUCCUCAUCUUCCUCUUCUUCCUCUUCUUCCUCUAAUAAGACCAGCAGCGCUGCACCAGAGCUGCCUGGUUUCUACUUUGACCCGGAGAAAAAUCGUUACUUUCGCCUGUUGCCCGGACACAACAACUGUAACCCGCUGACCAGAGAGCAGUUGCAGGAGAAGGAAAGAGAGAAACAGAGAAACAAGAUGCUCGCGGAGGAUGAAAAGCCCAGAAAAAAAGCACCAAGAACAGGACUGAACUCUUCGCUGCUGCUGCAGAAAAGACACCUUGGCAUGUUACCAGAGAACUCCUAUUGCAGGCUGGUCCAUGAGGUGAAGGUCAGUGGAAUGAGACGCCACAAACUAGAGAUCCAGAGCACGGACAACAGCAACCCCAACACUGACAACUUCCGGCUCAUAGUGGGGGACUCUGCAUGUGAGCGAGUGUUCACAGUCAAUGAUGUAUCACACGGAGGCUGCAAGUACGGCAUCAUGAACUUCAGCAGCAGCAGCCGGGGAUCUCUGUCUGUGGAAAUGUGCGACAACCUCUACUUCACAAAUCGCAAGGUGAAUUCCAUCUGCUGGGCCUCGGUCAACUACCCAGACUCCCACGUCUUGCUGUGUCUGGUAGGAGCGGCAGACACCCCCGGCUGCGUCAGUUUACUUCCUGCUUCCCUCUUCAGCAACUCCAACCCAGACCAGCCCGGGAUGCUGUGUAGCUUUAAGAUAUCGUCAGCCUGGUCUUGUGCUUGGUGCUUCAACCCCCAGUUUGACAAGACGUUUAGCACUGGCCUGUCUCGUAGAGUGAUAGUGAAAGAUGCAGAGACGGGCCGAACGCAGACGUACAGCACCGGUAGCGAUGUCUUGGCCCAGCAGUUUGCCCUUAGGGUCCCCGUUCUGUUUAACGGUUGCCGAUCAGGAGAGAUCUUCAGCAUUGACCUGCGGCAGCGCGGCGGGCGCAGGGAUCAAAGCUGGAAAGCCAGCCGCUUCCAUCAAGAAUCAGCCAUCACCUCCGUACGCGUCCUGCAGGAUGAGAACUACCUGCUUGCUGCCGACAUGCUGGGCCAGAUUAAGCUGUGGGAUGUGCGAGUGACUAAGGCAGUGCAGGAGUACAAAGGGCACUAUAAUGAGCACGCCUACCUUCCCAUCCACGUCAAUGAGCCUGAGGGGCUUGUGUUGGCAGUCGGUCAGGAUUGCUACACAAGGUUAUGGAGCCUAAAAGAUGGCCACCUACUGAGGACUAUCCCAUCCCCCCACCCGACCGCAAACGACCUGAUCCCGAGCGUGGUCUUCUCCUCCAAGUUGGGCGGCUGCAGGGGGCUCCCCGGCCUGCUAAUGGCCGUCAAACACGACCUUUACUACUUCCCAUACAGCACCGACUACCAGGAAGGAGGAGAGCAGCCGGCCAGCUAUUAGGAAAAUGAAGAAUGCUUCUUCUCGCAAAUCAUUCUUAACCCUUGUGUUGUCUUCCCGUCAAAACACUUAUUUUUUUCCAGUUUGUUUUUGCUUUUUCCA